AAGGGGUGGGCCGCAAUGCUGAGCGACGGUGCUGGUGCGGUGGGCACCGAGGUCCGGGUGGAGGGCUCUUGAGGUGCUGCCGCAGCCCAGAGAUGGGGAGUGGAAGUAUGUAGCUCUUAACAGGUGUGAUCUUACUUUGUAGUCUGAGCCGGCUUUGAAUUCAUCAGGUAGCCUGGGUUGGUUUUAAACUCAAGCUCUUCCUGCUUCAGCCUCCUGAGUGUUGGGAUUAUAGGAAACUCCCUCUCAUCCCUUUGAAGUCCAUAUGGCUCUGUAUGAUGAAGAUCUCCUGAAAAAUCCUUUCUAUCUGGCCCUGCAGAAGUGGCGUCCAGACUUGUGCAACAAGGUGGCCCAAAUCCACGGCAUUAUCUUAGUGCCCUGCAAAGGAAGCCUGUCCAGCAGUGUUCAAUCUACCUGUCAGUUCGAGUCCUACAUUUUGAUACCCGUGGAAGGACAUUUUCAGACCUUAAAUGGAAAGGAUGUGUCAAUACAAGGAAACAGGAUUAAACUAGGAGCUGGUUUUGCCUGUCUUCUCUCGGUGCCCAUCCUCUUUGAAGAAACUUUCUACAAUGAGAAAGAAGAAAGUUUCAGCAUCUUGUGUAUAGCCCAUCCUUUGGAAAAGAGAGAAAGUGCAGAAGAACCUUCAGCCCCCUCAGAUCCCUUUUCCCUGAAAACCAUCGAAGAUGUGAGAGAAUUUUUGGGAAGACACUCUGAGAAAUUUGACAGGAGCAUCACCUCUUUCCACCGAACAUUCCGAGAAUGUGAAAGGAAGAGCCUCCGUCACCACAUAGACUCGGUGAAUGCCCUGUACACCAAAUGCCUCCAGCAGCUUUUGAGAGAUUCUCACCUGAAAGUGCUUGCAAAGCAGGAGGCCCAGAUGACCCUGAUGAAGCAGGCAGUAGAGAUGUACGUCCACCACCAUAUCUAUGAUCUCAUCUUUAAAUAUGUGGGGACCAUGGAGGCAAGCGAGGAUGCCGCCUUUAACAAAAUCACAAGAAGCCUUCAAGACCUCCAGCAGAAAGACAUUGGUGUGAAACCUGAGUUCAGCUUCAACAUCCCUCGUGCAAAGAGAGAGCUAGCUCAGCUGAACAAAUGCAGCUCGCCCCAGCAGAAGCUGCUCUGCUUGCGAAAGGUGGUUCAGCUUAUUACACAGUCUCCCAGCCAGCGAGUGAACUUGGAGACCAUGUGUACUGAUGAUCUUCUUUCAGUCCUGUUAUAUUUGCUGGUGAAAACAGAGAUCCCUAAUUGGAUGGCGAAUUUGAGUUACAUCAAGAACUUCAGAUUCAGCAGCUCAGCGAAAGAUGAACUGGGGUACUGCCUGACCUCAAUUGAGGCUGCGAUCGAAUAUAUUCGGCAAGGAAGCCUUUCCAUUAAGCCACCCGAGUCGGAGGGCUUUGAUGACAGACUGUUUCUUAAGCAGCGGAUGAGCCUACUGUCUCAGAUGACCUCAACUCCCAUUGACUGCCUAUUUAAGCACAUCGCAUCAGGUAACCAGAAGGAAGUGGAAAGACUUCUGAGCCAAGAAGAUGAAGACAAAGAUGCCGUCCAAAAGAUGUGCCACCCACUGUGCUUCUGUGACGACUGUGAAAAACUGGUCUCUGGGAGGUUGAAUGAUCCAUCCAUUGUCACUCCGUUCUCUAGAGAUGACAGGGGGCAUACGCCUCUGCAUGUGGCUGCUCUCUGUGGGCAGGCAUCCCUCAUUGACCUCCUGGUAUCCAAGGGUGCCGUGGUGAAUGCCACAGACUAUCACGGCUCCACUCCGCUCCACCUGGCGUGUCAGAGGGGAUACCAGAGUGUGACGCUGCUGCUGCUGCACUACAAGGCCAGUGCUGAGGUGCAGGACAACAAUGGUAACACCCCGCUGCACCUGGCCUGCACCUACGGGCACGAAGAUUGUGUGAAGGCUUUGGUCUACUAUGAUGUGCAGUCCUGCAGACUAGAUAUCGGCAAUGACAAAGGGGACACGCCUCUUCACAUCGCUGCGCGCUGGGGUUAUCAAGGCAUCAUAGAGACACUGCUGCAGAACGGGGCACCCACAGAGAUCCAGAACAGGCUGAAAGAGACGGCGCUCAAGUGUGCAUUGAACCCAAAGAUCCUGUCUAUAAUGGAAGCCCAUCGUCUGUCCUCUGAAAGGAGGCUGAAGUCUUCUGAGGUCCCUGCACUGUCCCCUCAACACUCUGUGAAUUCCAUUAGCCAGGGCUCCUCCACCUCUAGCUUCUCCUCCAUGUCAUCGAGCUCUAAACAAGAGGAGCCCAAGAAGGACUACAGAGAGGUAGAAAAACUUUUAAGAGCAGUUGCUGAUGGAGACCUGGAGAUGGUGCGGUACCUUUUGGAGUGGACAGAGGAGGACCUGGACGAAGCGGAGGAUGCUGUCAGUGCGGUGGAUCUUGAAUUUUGUCACCCCCUGUGCCAGUGUCCCAAAUGUGCUCCAGCUCAAAAGAAGCUGGCCAAGAUUCCUGCUAGUGGGCUCGGGGUGAAUGUGACCAACCAGGACGGCUCCUCUCCACUGCACGUUGCUGCUCUGCAUGGUCGGGCAGACCUCAUCCCCCUCCUAUUGAAACACGGUGCCAACCCGAGUGCCAGGAACACAAACCAAGCUGUGCCCCUCCACCUGGCUUGCCAGAAGGGCCACUUUCAGGUGGUGAAGUACCUACUGGAUUCUAAUACAAAACCCAAUAAGAAGGACAUAAGUGGAAACACGCCCCUCAUUUAUGCCUGCUCUGCUGGCCAUCACGAAGUUGCAGCGCUGCUGUUACAGCACGGGGCCUCCAUCAAUGCUUCUAACAAUAAGGGCAAUACGGCCCUGCACGAGGCUGUGAUAGGCAAGCACGUCUUCGUGGUGGAGCUGCUUCUGCUUCAUGGAGCAUCGGUGCAUGUCCUCAACAAGCGGCAGUGCACAGCUAUAGACUGCGCAGAACAGAAUUCAAAAAUACUGGAGUUACUUGAAGUUGUGCCAAGCUGCGUUGCCUCAUUAGAUGACGUUGCUGAGACAGACCAUAAGGAGUGUGUGACUGUUAAGAUCAGGAAAAAAUGGAACUCAAAAAUGUAUGAUCUACCAGAUGAGCCUUUUACAAGACAGUUUUAUUUUGUUCACUCAGUUGGUCAGUUUAACCAGAGAGGCAAAGAAUUACACAAAAACAGUCACCUGCCAGAGCAGAGCCGACUGCAGACAGCUGGUGAAGGAAGCAACGACCUGCCCAAGGAGAGGCCCGGACUGAAGCAGUUGGUUCCGGCUCCUGGGAACCGGCGAAUGGUCCGCAGGCACACCGUUGAUGUCGCGGUAGUACCCAAGGACCCAGAGACUGCUGGCAGCCUAACCACCUCCCAGGAGGCUAGUGUCUCCCAGCCUCAAGAGUAACAGGAUUGGUCAUAUUUACCACAAGUGAGCACACGAGAUGAUAACACUCAGCAUGAACACAGCUUAUACUUAAGUAUACUUUUAAAUAAUUGGCUUGAGACCAUCUUCAGAAGGUUCCCGAAAGCUUUUCUGUGGCUAAAAUAAUAAAUGCAACAAAAACUUUUCACCAUCUCUCUCCUUAAAGCUAAUAAAUACACUUGAAAUGGAAUGGACAAAAAUUCUGGUAAGUGUCCAGCUACUUCAUCUGAAGUGUGUUUCCAAGUAUCAGAAUUUACUGGCUACAGGUAGAGGUUUCACUGUCAGAUUCUGACCUCCUUCUACUGCAGGGUGCUAAACCUCUGUGAUAAAUUAGCAAACCCUGCGCCAAGAAAAUCCCCUCAUCUGAGAUAAGCCAUGGAGAAGCAACUUACAUUUCAUGGUACUAUGGAGGCCAAGCAGAAACGUCACAUCAAAACAAAGAAAUAAAUGGAACCUGAAAAAUGUUCCUUUGCGAAGCAACACCUGAACAAAAAGAUGUCUAAUGCCAUUCUGACGUUCAUCUUGGUGAGCACACGUAAGAGCUGUUCUAUACCAUGCAUACAGAGAAAGUGGGCUCUAGUUUUUCUUCUGACAGACAUCUGGCCACUGCAUGUAUGCAUCUGUAGCAGUGUUCCCAGAAACAUCUAUUCCGCUACGAACCGCCUUCCUUAAAGGCUGGGGAUGGGGCUCAGCAGCAAAGCACUUGCCUAGUAUGAGUGAGGCCCUGGCUUCAAUCCCCUGCACCACCAAAAAACUGAAAUAAAAUUUUAAGAAGAACCUCUUAAAGGCCACAUCUAAUGGAUGGUUACUAGAGAGUAGAUUUGGCACAUCUUUCCUUAAAUCUUUUGAUUCAGCUUCAAAACUUACAGCACAAACCAGGUCAAUGUUAUUUUAAGUUAGAAUUUAUUGCCACGUAUUACUUUUUUUAUAAAUUUCUAUAGAUUAUAUUGUUAUUUUUUUAUGUUACUGGCCUAAAGCUACAAACAUGAGUUUGUCCUCAGAAAAUUUUCAAGGAACUUUGUAAUGGGAAAGUGGUUUUGUGCACAUUCUUGGAAAUACUUGUGUAUGUAUAGAAGGGAGGGACUGGUUAUUUUUCUACAAAGUAAUUUAUGAUUUCUAAUUUUCUAAUGUGCCUUGGAUAUGUGCCAAACGAUGGAAAAGAAAUAGUAAACUUUAUGAUUCUUGA